AUGACAUUUCCAUGGCGCCGCGCAACUCACCAGACAAAGAUCUCCGCUUUGCGCCGCCAUCGCACCGUCCUACCGACCUGGCUGCUCGUUGCAGCGCUUCUUGCCGCCUCGCGCGCUCCGCUAACCGCCAGCCAGCGAAUUAGCAGCCAUACACCCGCCCGCAGGCAUUUAGCGCCUCGCGCGGACCCUCCUCCGCUUGGCCGAGAGUCAUUCGCGUCGGCGUACGCUCGCACGAAGGUGCUUGCUGGCGACGAUAAACCAGUGUUCCUGCGACCAAUCGCAGCCAAUCGCCCAGAGUCGCAGGCGUCGCGUGGCAGUCGCACGCGGUCAUCGCGUUCGCUAAUUCGCCUCCAGCAGGGAACGGCGUCCGUCGGUAAUCCCAAUGCCGCGACUAUGACGACCGCUGGCGCCGCAACCGCCGUACCACGGGGCGUCGCCGCGAUCUUCAGCGACGCGCAUGACGUAACAGCGCCCUCCGCCUCUUCUUCUGCCGCCGCCAACCACGCGCUCGCCGCCACAGCCGGCCCGCUGGGCACCAGCGGGGCGACGGGGGGCGGGAGAAAGGCGGUGACGGCGGGGAGGGGGAGGAACGGGCCAAUUGGAAUAUCUCCGCACUGGAGCGCGAGUUGCACGGGGCGCGCGUGCGGGGUGAUGGAGCGGCCAAUCAGCGUGUAUGUCGUGUGGUAUGGCGCGUUUUCCGAGACUCAGAAGCAGAUGGUUCGUUCGCUCACCGCGUCACUCAGCCCACACGCCGACCCGUCCGUCACAGUUCCCCUCUGGUGGAACAUCAAUCGGCUGUACUACGACUCGAGUGGUAACCACAUCUCCGAGUCCGUUACAUGGGGCGGUGAGGUCGAGGAUGCAAACUAUUCCCGAGGCAAGACUCUUUCCGAUGCUGACGUCAGGAGCCUCAUCACCAACGCAAUAUCCUCCAACCAGCUGCCUUAUAACGAGGACGGAGUGUACUUUGUCCUCUCGGAUGAAACCGUAUCCCAAAUGUGGAAUAUGCCAGGCGGCAGCAGACCAGCGUUCUGCGCCAGCUUCUGCGGGUGGCACUGGGACGGCCGAGCCUCCAGCUUCGGAAGCAUUGUGUACUCCUGGGUCGGGAACGCGGCAACAUUAUGCCCCAGAUCUUGCAUCACGCGAGCUCUGCGUGCCAGCGAGGCGGCGCCGCCCAAUCAGGACGCGGGGAUGGACGGGCUGCUGUCGGUGUUUGCGCACGAGCUGGCAGAGGCCACGUCGAGCCCGUUCGUUGCCACGUGGUUCGAUGAGAGCGGCGAGGAGAACGCCGACAAGUGCUCAUGGGAGUGA